AUGAGGACCCUCAUUCUCCUCUCUGCCCUUCUCCUCUUGGCCCUCCAGGCCGAGGCUCGAACCCUCCAGGAGACAGCUGACCAGGUUCCCGCCCAAGACCAGCCAGAAGCCAAGGACCAGGGUGAUCUUUGGGCUGAGGACCAGGACCAGGCUGGGGACGGUGACCAGGACAUGGCCAUCUCCUUCACAGGAGAGGAACGCCUUGCUCGAGCUGCAGACCUUCGGAACACAACCAUCUGCACAUGCCGAAGCAACUUCUUCUGCAAGUUGCUUGAGAGGAAGAGUGGAAGCUGUAGGUUCUUCGGCCAUAAAUACAGGCUUUGCUGUAAAUAA